AAUAUAUUUGGCACGAUCAGAAUUGUAUGCUGAUUAUUAAUAAAUGACAAAAGGUCGGUUCUGCUAUCAAACUUUCUCUUAAUUGAGAAAACGAAAAUUAAAAAUUGCAACUCGAAGUUUUGUAAAAAACAUUUCAUUAAUUAUACAAGAUAAUUUCCAAAUAAAACAUAACAAGUAAAUGUCUCCAUUUAGAGCAAAGCUAUUAAUUAUUUUGUUUGCUUUUAAAAGUAUUUUAAUUUCUUAGAAUUGAUUUAAAAAGAUUAUAGGCAAAGAUCAGAAAUUGAUGCUGGAUCUAUAUAUACAUUCAAAAUUAUUAUUUGUAACGAACAUAAAUACUAAUCAGUAUUUGAAAUAUACUUGGAAGUAUUUUCAGCAAACCGCUGCCUACCACACUGUUUAACAGCUGUUUUGGCGUCCUAUUGAAAACAUUAACUUAUUUUGAUUUUAUUGUGGACUGGGGCAAUAUCCAAAUACAAGCUAUGGAAAUGCUCCAUUCUCAGGCGAUGCAAUCCGUACCCACUCUACAUCAGCCGCUGCACUCCAAGGUGUCGAAUUACCUGAACAAUCAGCGGAGAACCGGACAGUUUUGUGACCUGCUCCUGGAACUGGAUUCGGAUGACUCCCUUAGCCUGAGUGUCCAUUUCUGCGUGCUGGCCGCCCAGAGCCAGUUGAUAAACACCAACCAAAAGCAGCAGCAGUUUUCCAUCCACAAUCCCCUGAAGAUCACCAUCCGGAAUUUCAGCUGCACUCAGUGCCUGCACACAAUUGUAGACUUCUUCUACGAAGACAUAGUCUCCGUGUCCAAGGAGCACGAGCUCCACUUCCGAGAGUUGGCGCAAAUCUUGGCUGUCACCGAACUGCUAAAUCUCUACCAGUUGCAGCCUUUGGGAGAGGUGAAGGAAACUUCAGAGAUUACGGCUCCUGGAGAGGUGGAACAAAACCUGGAGCCAGCAAGAAAAGUAGAUGAUUUGUUUGAAAAUCGACAAAGUUACUUUAAACUAAAGAACCCAAGGGCCGUGAAAUCCAGCAGUAAGGUGAACUACUGCAUUGGCUGCGACUACAAAUGCUACCAGGUGCAGAAGAUGAUCGAGCACAUGGGCAGUUGUGAGCCCUCGCAUCUGACCUGUUCCCUGUGCGAAGUGGGAUUCCUGGACUGGCGGGAGUACGACACACAUCUUCGCAGGCACUCAAAUGACCUUCGCAAACCCUUCUUCUGCCUGCAAUGCGGCAUUCGCUUCACCACUCGAGCUGCCCUGCUCGUCCAUCAGCCCAAGCACUCCACGGAAACGCCGCACAUCUGUCCUCAUUGCGGCAAAGGUUUCAAGUGGAAGCAGGGCCUAAGCAACCACAUCCUGGUGCACAAUCCCGAGAAGCAGAUGCUCUGCGACGUCUGCGGGUACAGCACUACCCACAUGAAGGCCUUAAAAUCCCACAAACUGCUCCACACCGGUGAAUUCUUCGCUUGCACAGUUUCGGGCUGUAAGCAUCGAGCCAAUCGCAAGGAGAACCUCAAGCUACACAUCGAAACCCACAAGCAGGGACGGGAUUUCAUUUGCGAGAUCUGCGGCUGCAAGUUCAGCCAGAGCAAGAACCUCAAGCGACACGCCUUGAAGCACACGGAGAACGGUCCGAAUCGAUACAAGUGCCAGCUGUGUGGGUUUAGUAGCCAUCGUUCCGACAAGAUGAAAGAGCACGUGCAGCGGGUGCACACGGAAAAGGCGGUGCAAUUGGAGCUCUCUGAGACGGUGGACAGUUCCUUUCCCGACGACUUUGAUCUGCCUGUAAUUGAGACUUUGUCGACGCCUAAAAAGAAACCCAAGAAAGUACUGAGAACGGCGAAAAGGGAUACCAAUUCUGACAAGCGACUGAAAACUCUACUGCCCAAGGAGACGGUUAAAUAGAAAUAAAACUAGGGGUUAUUAUUAAUGCCUACCAAACAGAGAUUUAUGAAAAGUGAAUUAUCACAUUGAAAAUGGUCAAUUUUAUGAUAAAAGAAGAAACUUUUCUUAAAAUGCAUCAUGUUUACUAACACUUGAUAACCAAACAAGUUGUGAUAUCACAACUUGAGUAGGUUUUCAAAGUGAUCACUCAACUUACAACAGAACUUACAAAUGAAGUAUUUUAGAAAGACCAAUUUAGUAUCAUAAUUAAAAGAACCAGUUUCCCUUUUUAGACAAAAGAGGAACCGUGAAAAGCAUUCAUAAAUGGUUUGAUACCAAUGAAUUGUAAACAAAGUUGUGAUAUAUUGUGGAAGGUUCUUGAACAACAUUGUUGGGUCCGUUCUAUCUUAUCAAAGAAUGUGAUACGAUCUAUUGCGUCGUUUCGAGAGUUCCAGAGGAACUUUUAGAACGAAUAGCUGCUAAAUGACUAACAAGCACGAUAGUUCGCACCUUAUCACCGAAAGAACGCUACGUAACAUCUGUUGGUUAUGUACAUAUAUAAAAACGAUUAGACCAAAACAAACUUAAAGCUUUUGGUUUUUAGAAAUAAACAAAUGAUAUUCGAGUGGGAGGGAACUGGGUCACCCGAUCAAGUUCUAAAGCACCCAACUAAAAAUUAUGCAUUGGUAAUUGAUAAAAUAAUUUUUUUCGGCAAUAUAACGCUUUUUAAAUAGAUUUUUAAUUACUAAGAUAUUUUUGAAAGUAUAAUUUAAAGAUGGUAAUACUCAUUUUUUUUUUGGGUGGCAGGAAAAAAAAUUUUCGCAGUGUAGUGGUGUAUCAGCCAGACUUCAUGUUGCAUUUAGUUCUAUAUUUAAAAUGUGGGGAAAUAAAUGAUGGGUAAAUGCACUUUGGGGGUCGUAUGUACAUUUGUGGGGGCCAAGCCGGGCGGGCGUUACAUAACACUUUUGAAACGUAUGUAUGUAUUAUGAAAAGUUCUUAAAUAAUUAAAAAAAUGGACAAGGCAAAAUAAUAUGUUUGACGAUGUGUGUUUUUUCUUUUUGUUUACCGCGCACUUUGUAAACAACAA